AACAGUGUUAAUGUUGUCAUCGAUCUUUCUCAAUCCCACUCACGGAGACGAAGCAUAGCGGACGUUGAAGUUUUCGUGGAAAUCCUGGAAUCGUGAGCCAAGAAUAAACCUUGACAUUUCAUCUAACUUUCUAAGAGCAAGCCAACUUUGUCAGUCAACCAACCAUGGCAACCAAACGGCAAAGAAAUGAUGUAAAUGACGAGAAAAAUGGUGCCUUUCCCGAGCCGGAUUACACCCCGUUUCCUCAUUUUGGUACAGAUGCGAUCCACGCCGGCCAGGACCCCGAGCAAUGGGCGUCCAACGCCGUAGUGCCGCUGAUCUCACUUUCUACAACUUUCAAGCAAGAGGCACCCGGUGUAAUGCCAGGAGGUUAUGAAUACUCAAGAGGAGGAAACCCAACAAGGACAGUCCUGGAGACAUGUGUGGCAGCCAUUGAAGGGGCUAAACAUGCUCUUGCUUUCAGCUCUGGUCUGGGUGCCACCAUGGCAAUCUGUCACCUGUUGAAAACUGGGGAUCAUCUCAUUGCUAUGGAUGACAUCUACGGGGGAACGAACCGCUACUUCCAGAAGGUCCUCUCUAACUUUGGCGUCCAGGCCACCUUCGUGGAUGCCCGCUACCCUGAGAAGGUGGCAGAGGCCAUGCAAGAAAACACCAAGCUUGUAUGGGUGGAGACACCAACAAACCCUACCUUGAAGCUUGUUGAUAUCGCAGCAGUCAGCGCUAUCGCUCACAGUCAACCUGGCGUCAUCCUUGUAGCAGACAACACCUUCAGUUCACCUUAUUUCCAGAGAGGACUUGAUCUUGGAGCUGAUAUUGUAAUGUAUUCAGCAACUAAGUACAUGAAUGGACAUUCCGAUGUAGUGAUGGGUCUAGUUGCGUGCAAUGAUGAUGAACUUCACAAGAAACUUCACUUUCAGCUCUACGCUGCCGGGAGCUGUCCGUCACCUUUUGACUGUUUCUUGGUGAACAGAGGGUUGAAGACCCUUCACAUCAGAAUGAGGCAGCAUUAUAAGAAUGGUCUAGCCGUUGCUACAUACCUGGAGAGCAAUCCAAGGGUCCGUAAAGUCAUCUAUCCAGGUCUUCCAAGCCACCCUCAGCAUGAUAUCUUCAAGAAGCAAAUGAAGGGCUUCGGAGGCAUGGUGACCUUCUAUCUCCAGGGUGACCUUGAGAACUCAAAGACAUUCCUCCAGAGCAUCAAGGUCUUCACGCUGGCAGAGAGUCUUGGGGGAUAUGAGUCACUUGCUGAACUACCUGGAGUCAUGACCCAUGCCUCUGUGCCCCCUGAACAGCGUAAAGUACUUGGUAUAGACAACAGUCUAAUCAGACUUUCUGUCGGACUAGAGGACACCGAAGACCUCAUCCAGGAUCUGGAACAAGCUCUAAAGAAAGCUGUACCACUAUAGAUAUUGCCCUUCUGUGAGAGAGGCGACAUACCUUGUGUAAAGUAGACUCUGUUGUAAAUUAUUUGUUUCUUUCAUUUCGAACCUAUCAUGGUUGUAAUCUUGAUUUAAACGGGAAGCGAACUAACGAACACUGUGUGAAGUCUCUCAUUGACUGUGUCUUGUAAAUAGCUAGUCUAGCUAGAAAUAUACAUGAGAGAUUAUAACAAUUAAUACAGAAAAUAAAUUAGCCUACAUGUAUAAUUUCACUGUGGUAUUAAAACAAUACUGUUUUUGAGAGGAAAGGUACCCGUUUUGCCACAUGGUAACAUAAGAAUUGCAAUAUGAAUAUAUCAACUUAAAACCAGUGUGUUAUCUUUCAAGUGGGAGUUGUGGGACUGUAUUUCAAGACUACACUGCUUAGAAUGUUGCAUUGUGGAUAAUAAACCUGGGGGGUGUUUCACAAAGAUUUAAGUAUGACUUAAAUCGCACUUAAAUGCCGAUGCAUACCUGAAAUACAACGCGCAAUCUAAUUGAUCAAUACGCAGUAGUGCACGUCCUCUUGGCAUGAUCUGACCAAUGUGGUCAUGCCUUUUUUAAUGCACGCAACUAGGCAUUUAAGUGUGACUCUAAGUCAUACUUAAAUCUUUGAGAAACACCCCCCUGGUCAGAUAUGAGUAGUUGAGGACUUGAGGUGGGGCUAUUCAAGGCUGCUGGGUCAUAUGCCCUCUAAAGUAUAUAAGCAUAGCUUUUGAUUGAAUAGUGAUAUGGUUUUGACACCACUAAUGAUUUCUAAUUGUUGUUGGUGUUAGUGUAAAUGUUAGAGUCAGUUUCAAAUGUGUGCAUCAGUCUGUCUCACCCAGCUGGAACACCUGAAUAUUGGUUUACCAAAGUGAUAGCGUAACACCUUGUGACAUCAGUCCUAGCACCAGCACCAUUUCAAGUGUGGUGUCGGUGUAAUUGUCUACAUCUACAUUGAUAGUGUGAAUGAGAUUGCCUAACCUAGCACCAAAACUGGAUGUGGAUUUACACUUGAUGUAAUGAGAAAAUAAAAUGUAUCCCAUGAAGUAUGUGAAAGUCAUUUAGCAACAUUUGUACUAUGUACUAUGCAAACUGCAUAGUUCAUUAUUUUGUGCUAUAUUUUGAGUGUAUUGCUGUUGAAAGAUUCUAUUUUACAUUAUACAGCACAGGAGCUGAUUAUACGCACAUGUAUUAGCAUCAUAUAUAUAUAUAUAUCUUUGGUGUACAAUGAAUACCACAUAUUUAUCAAUAACUUUUUUGGCCCUAUUCUGAAGUCAGGUUUAAUUCAAACUCUGGUCUAAAGUUGUGGUUUAACUAUGGCGAGCCAAUUGUGACAUAAAUCUCUAACAGGAGAGGUUUAAUUUACUAGCUCAUUUGACUCUCGAAUCAUUCUUAACUGUCUGGAAAGGAUAAAUUAGAUAGUUGUCUUUACCAUUUAAGCAUUAGGAACGAGCACAGUAAACAUAAGAAACAUACAAUGUAAACAAUAUUUUAAACUGUUGGCUUCCCAUAAUUUUAGCACAGGGUUAGACCAUGGUCUAAGUUAAACCCGACUUCAGAAUAGGGGUCUAUGACUCUGAAAGAGAAUGAAAUGCAUAUUAUAUAGAAAAGAUGAUUGAUUCUGUGUACUACUGAUGGAUUGAAACAUUGAUGUGAAAUAUACAUUUAGUCUGUAUCAGACGCAAUCUUUAUCGACAUUGAGCAAUAUUAUUGCAUUCAGAUAUUAUUGGGUUGAAGCAAUCAAAUCACACAAUCAUUCACAUUGUUGAUGCAUAAUGUGAAAAAGACAAUCAAACGUCAGUUUAACCAGUAGAUUUCUGUCAUUAUUUAUUAAUUCAGAUUUAUUGACAAAAUCUAUAUUGUAUAUGGGUGGUCAUUAAGUCUAAAAUUUAUAAAAUUUUAGAAUAAACUGAAAUGAAAUAUCAAUCAAUGAAAAUUACAGAAAAAUUGAUAAUUAAACCUAUGAAUUAGAAUAUAAAGGUGAAGUAUUUCUUUGGGUUGGGGUUUUUGAAUUUCAUUUAUUUAAGCCCUUGUUUGCAUCCUUGUGCGGUAUUGUUAUGUUGGUCAAUUACAUUUAAUAGGCAAUGUCUUACUGAAAUACAGAAGUAAUUACCUUGCUGGUUGAAGAUACAAAAUUAUCGGCCAUACCUGAACUGAAAAAUACAAAUAUUUAAUGUACAUAUUAGUAUAUGUAUUCUCAAUCUCAGCCCUGUAACAUGAACUUUAAUAGGCUUAGCAAUUGAUCAUUAAGCUGAUUUUUGAAAAAUUGCUUGCAUUGAUUAUUGUGAUUGAUCACUAGUAAAAAUUCUACCCUACAAUCAAUCACUAAGCUCUAUGUUGCAGGGUCCUGGUAGAGUAUCAAGGAAUUUCUUCAUGGAACACUGACUUUUUAAGAAAAAUAUUUAUCCGUUUCUCUUCAAAUAUUUAGUAAUUACCUUUCAGUCAAGUUAAAUUAACUUAUUCUGACUUACAUUAUCGAUAUCAAUUAUAUUUCUGAUAUUCAUAUGAUAACAUGUGGUUGAGAUUGUUUGUGUAUUCUUUCAGAAUCUCUAAUUCUGUAUAGGAAAAUAUUUAUCCCUUUCUCUUCAAAUAUUUAGUCAUUACCUUCCAGUCAAGUUAUUUCUGACUUUUAGCGGUAUGUAUACCUUUCUGACAUUCAUAUAAUAUGUGGUUGGGAUUGUUUAUGUAUACUUUCAGAAUCUCUAAUUCUGUAGAGGCAUACUUAACCUUUUUUGGGGUUGGAAAUACAAGAGUGUUUACUUUUAA